AUGGUAGUGAAUGACCUGAUCAAGACAUUCGACAGAGUGCAGUUUGAAGUUGCCAAGCAUCCAGUGGGAAUGGACAACGUCAAGAAUGCUCUCAUUCAGAAAUUAAACCUCAACUCAGUGACAGAGGUGAUUAAAGUUGGAAUCUGGGGUAUCGGUGGUAUUGGCAAGACCACUGUUGCCAAGGCCGUGUACAAUCAGAUUUAUACUGAUUUUGAUGCUGCUUCAUUUUUAUUUAAUGUGGGCACUGCUGCUACAGAGUCCAGGGGCCUUACAAAUUUGCAGAAAAAAAUUCUCAAAGAUUUAUCCAAAUAUGGUGGAGAGGUGGACAGUAUUGAUGAAGGCAUAUAUCUGUUGGGAUAUCAUUUGAGAGGAAAAUCUGUGCUGCUCAUUUUAGAUGAUGUGGAUGCUGUUGUACAAUUGAAUGCUUUGUUUGGGGGUUGGCUGGGCUGUGGCAGCAGAAUUAUUAUAACUUCUAGAGACAAACACAUUCUCAAUGUUGCCCAGAUCUCAUCCGAAUGCAUCCACAAGAUGAGUGGAUUAGAGAUAAAUGAAAGCAUCCAGUUAUUUAAUUGGUAUGCAUCUCCAAGUCCUGAGUACGAAGAACUAUCUAAAAGAAUAGUAGAAGCUUGUAAGGGACAUCCUCUUUCAUUGGAAGUGGUUGGAUCCUUCUUGUCUGAUAAACAGAAUGAUAAGAAUUGCUGGACAGAAGCCCUUCACAACAUUUCCCUCAACCCAGAAAUUCAUGAAAGACUCUACAGCAGUUAUAGUGCUCUCAGUGAUGAAGAAAAAGAAAUAUUCCUAGACAUCGCUUGCUUCUUCAUUGGAGAAGAAAAAACAUUGCCAAUUGUUUUCUGGAAAUCGUUGUACCAGAUGGUAGACACUGCUGUAUCUAAUCUUUCAAUGAAAUUACUAAUAAAUAUUGACGACAAAGGCUUAUUUGAUAUGCAUGACCAUGUCCGAGAUAUGGGGAGAAGUAUUGCAGAAAAAGAAAAAAAAGGUACCCGAAUAUGGGAGGACGCCUGCUUAAGUACUAUAUCCAACAGCACCAAUUUCUCUCGCCUUCGACUCAAUGGGGGUAAUCUGCAAAGGCUGGAAAUGCUGUACAGACCUUCUCUUUCGUAUCUUCACUUGGAGAAUGUGCAUGUUGAAUGCAUGACAAGGGAAACGCUAGCCAGGCUUCCUCCCAGUUUGAGAUGGUUAAGGUUGGAAAAGUGUCACUUUGCAUUUGGAAUGAAUAGUAAUUACUCCGGAUUUGUGAAUAACAUAUGGUUAAGCUUGGGAAAGUGCCAAUUUGCUUUUGGGAUGGAUACAGCAAGAAAGAAGCCACGCUACUCUAGAUUUGUGGAUAACAUGCAGUUGAAGACUAUGCAAAUACACGCCUGCGAAGGCAUUGACAGCGUUUCAAUCUCCUCCUUAUUUUCACUUGCUAAUAUACAACUCCAGCACUUGGAGUUGGAUUUGGAAAGUUAUUCGGGUCCAAAUAACCUGCCUGAUACCAUUGGUAUCCUGUCACAGUUGCAGCACUUGGGCUUGAGAGGGUAUGCGAGGUUAAAUAACCUUCCUGAUGUCAUUGGCAAUCUAUCAGAAUUGAAGUACUUGGACUUGGGACUGUGUGGCCAAAUAAAAAACCUUCCUGAUACCAUUGGCAACCUGUCAGGGUUGCAGCACUUGAACAUGGAAUGGUGUGAUGGAUUAAAUAACCUUCCUGAUACUAUUGGCAAUUUGGUACAGUUGCAAUACUUAAAAUUGGAAAGGUGUGAAAACUUAGAUAACCUCCCUGACAGCAUUGGCAAACUAUCCCAGCUGCAGCACUUGAACUUGGAAGGGUGUAUGAGCCUAAAUAAUCUCCCCAAUACAAUUGGCAAUCUGUCACAGCUGCAACACUUGAACUUAAAAGGAUGUAAAAGUUUAUUUAACCUUCCUCAUACCAUUGACAACCUGUCAAAGCUGCAGUACUUGAACUUAAAAGGGUGUUUGCAUCUAAAUAAACUUCCUAAUAAUAUUGGAAAUCUGUCACAGUUACAGUAUUUGAACAUAAAAAGAUGUGAAAGCUUAAAUAAGCUUCCUAAUUCCAUUACCAAUCUGUCACAGCUCCAGUACUUCAAUUUGAAAGGGUGUGUACGCUUAGAUAACCUUCAUGAUAUUGGCAACUUGUCACAGCUGACUCAGCUGCAAGACAUUGGUUAUUGA